AUGGUAUAUGCUAGGCAUGUUACAAGCCAAGCUGCUUGUACCCAAGCCGGCUUGGGUAUACAGACUGGCUUGGGAAAUGAACAAAUGAUUGUCCUAGGCAUAAAUUCAGUAUAUCACGAAUCUUCUGCAUCAAUUGUCAUUGAUGGCCGGAUAGUGGUUGCCGCAGAAGAAGAACGAUUUAAUCGUUACAAACAUGGUAAACCCGCUAAUGUCGAUAAUCCGCAUUUACUUCCACUACAAGCCAUUAAAUUUUGUCUAAUCGAUGCCAAUUUACAUCCAGAAGAUAUCGAUUUAAUUGCGUUUUCCUUUGAUCCUACGCUGCGUGAAAAAUACUUCGAAUUUGACUCGAUAAGUCUUACCGGAGACUGGGGAAGCCCAGAAGGGGAAGAUGUAUUCCGGAAAGGGCUUGACAAGGUCAAAAUUUCUUUGACUCAAGUCUUGGGAGACAAAGCGGCAGAAAAACUUGUUUGGGUUCCUCAUCAUUUAACUCAUGCUGCGUCUGCUGUUUUUCCUUCUGGAUUUCCAGAAGCAGCAGUUUUGGUUAUCGAUGGUAUUGCUGAAAACGCAAGCA